AUGAACGGCAACACAAUGUCACUCGUCACCUUCAACGCCGACUCUGAGUCGCUCCUUGUACAUGGCAAAAAUCCAGCAUCAGCCGAAGAAGCUUCAUCCUCAACUGCUGAAGAGCAAUACGAGACCAAGCUGCAACAAUUCGUGCUUUCGCUCCGCCAUUCGAGCUGGCAAACGACCCGACCGAAUCGAGUUCUUCCUUCCUCUGGAGCAGUACAGAGAUUCCAGCAGAUCGUGCGCAGCGAGACAGAUUUGAUACAACAAUCCUAG